AUGCCCGCCGCCGCGCUCGCCUCUUGCAUCAGCGCCCCCCGCCCCGUACACCGCGCAUGCGCUGCCGCCCUCCGCGCCUGCGCCUCCAUCGCCCGCCGCACGCCCCGACACUGCGCAUGCGCUGCUAGCGCCGGAGGGCUCACGCCUCCACCACUGCGCAUGUGCUGUCAGAGCGUCACUGCGCAUGCGCCCCUGGGCCCCCAGGCUCACGCCCCCAUCACUGCGCAUACGCCCUCAGCACCCCCACAACCCCGCGCAACCAGCGUCCCCGGCCGCGCGGCCCCGCCACUGCGCACGCGCCCUCAGCAAGCCUCGCCACUGAAAUUCCUCUUCGCGCCCUCCUCCCCGCCCCGCGCGCUUGGGCUGCCAGCGCCGCCUGUGCCUGCACCGCUGCCACUGCGUAUGAAGCCUCAGCGCCCCCUCCCCGAGCCGCCAGCACCCCGGCCUGCGCGGCCCUGCCACUGCGCAUGCGCCCUCAGCUCCCCCCUGCGCGCCCCACCAUUACGCAUGCGCGCUCAGCGCCUCCGGCAGCGUCCCUGGAAACGCGGUUCCGCCACUGCGCAUGCGCUUCGCGCCCCCCCGCCUGAGCUGCCAUCGCUUCCUGUGCCUGCGCAACGGCCACUGCGCGUGCGCCCACCCCCACCCCCGCCCCACGCCGCCAGCGCCCGCGGUCUGUACGCGCGCCACUAA